UGCCGGUCCGUGCCCGGCUCACCCCAUUGUCUCUGCACUCGCAGCUCCAGGAAGGCAGGGGUUGCUUCUCACUCAACUGCCUCUCCCCCGAACUGCCUGGCACUGGACUUUUAGACACGGGACACGUGGCCAUCAGGAAUCAUGAGCAACCCAUUUGCACACCUCGCUGAGCCUUUGGAUCCUGCACAACCAGGAAAGAAGUUCUUCAAUUUGAAUAAAUUGGAAGAUUCAAGAUAUGGACGACUACCAUUUUCUAUCAGAGUUCUCCUGGAGGCAGCCAUUCGGAACUGUGAUCAAUUUUUGGUGAAGAAAAAUGAUGUUGAAAAUAUCCUAAAUUGGAAUGUCAUGCAGCAUAAGAACAUAGAAGUGCCAUUUAAGCCUGCCCGCGUCAUCCUGCAGGACUUCACGGGUGUGCCAGCUGUGGUUGACUUUGCUGCCAUGCGUGAUGCUGUGAAAAAGUUAGGAGGAAAUCCAGAGAAAAUAAACCCUAUCUGUCCCGCUGACCUUGUCAUUGAUCAUUCCAUCCAGGUUGAUUUCAACAGAAGGGCAGACAGUUUACAGAAGAAUCAAGACUUGGAAUUUGAAAGAAAUAGAGAACGAUUUGAAUUUUUAAAGUGGGGCUCUCAGGCCUUUCGCAACAUGCGGAUUAUUCCUCCUGGCUCAGGAAUCAUCCACCAGGUGAAUCUGGAGUAUUUGGCAAGAGUGGUAUUUGAUCAGGAUGGAUAUUAUUACCCAGACAGUCUUGUGGGCACGGAUUCGCACACUACCAUGAUUGAUGGUUUGGGCGUUCUCGGUUGGGGUGUGGGUGGUAUCGAAGCAGAGGCUGUCAUGCUGGGCCAGCCAAUCAGCAUGGUGCUUCCCCAGGUGAUUGGCUACAGGCUGAUGGGAAAUCCCCACCCCCUGGUAACAUCCACUGACAUCGUGCUCACCAUCACCAAGCACCUCCGCCAGGUUGGGGUAGUGGGCAAAUUUGUCGAGUUCUUCGGGCCAGGGGUAGCCCAGUUGUCCAUUGCCGACCGAGCUACAAUUGCCAACAUGUGUCCAGAGUAUGGCGCCACUGCUGCCUUUUUCCCGGUUGAUGAAGUCAGUAUCAAGUACCUGGUGCAGACAGGUCGUGAUGAAGAAAAAGUAAAGCAUAUUAAAAAGUAUCUUCAGGCUGUAGGAAUGUUUCGGAAUUUCAGUGACCCCUUUCAAGACCCAGACUUUGCCCAGGUUGUGGAGUUAGACUUGAAAACAGUAGUGCCUUGCUGCAGUGGACCCAAAAGGCCUCAGGACAAAGUUGCCGUAUCUGACAUGAAAAAGGACUUUGAGAGCUGCCUUGGAGCCAAGCAAGGAUUUAAAGGAUUCCAGGUUGCUCUGGACCAUCAUAAUGACCAUAAGACAUUUAUCUAUAAUAAUAGCGAGUUCACCCUUGCUCACGGUUCUGUGGUAAUCGCUGCCAUUACCAGCUGCACUAACACCAGUAAUCCAUCUGUGAUGUUAGGAGCAGGCUUGUUAGCAAAGAAGGCUGUGGAUGCUGGCCUGAACGUGAAGCCUUACAUCAAAACUAGCCUAUCUCCUGGAAGUGGUGUGGUCACCUACUACCUGCGAGAAAGCGGAGUCAUGCCUUACCUGUCUCAGCUUGGGUUUGAUGUGGUGGGCUACGGCUGCAUGACCUGCAUUGGCAACAGUGGGCCCUUACCUGACGCUGUGGUAGAAGCCAUCACGCAGGGGGACCUUGUUGCUGUUGGAGUACUGUCUGGGAACAGGAAUUUUGAAGGGCGAGUCCACCCCAAUACCCGGGCCAACUAUUUAGCCUCUCCGCCUUUAGUAAUAGCGUAUGCAAUUGCCGGGACCAUCAGGAUCGACUUUGAGAAAGAGCCACUGGGGGUAAAUGCAAAGGGACAACAGGUAUUUCUGAGAGAUAUCUGGCCAACCAGAGACGAGAUCCAGGCAGUGGAGCGUCAGUACGUCAUCCCUGGGAUGUUUAAGGAGGUCUAUCAGAAAAUAGAGACUGUGAAUGAGAGCUGGAAUGCCUUAGCAGCCCCGUCAGAUGAGCUGUAUUACUGGAAUCCCAAAUCUACAUACAUCAAGUCACCACCAUUCUUUGAAGACCUGACUUUGGAUCCUCAGCCCCCUAAAUCUAUAGUGGAUGCCUACGUGCUGUUAAAUUUGGGAGAUUCAGUAACAACGGACCACAUCUCUCCGGCCGGAAAUAUUGCAAGAAAUAGCCCUGCUGCUCGCUACUUAACUAACAGAGGCUUGACUCCACGAGAAUUCAACUCCUACGGCUCCCGCCGAGGUAAUGACGCCAUCAUGGCACGGGGGACAUUUGCCAAUAUCCGCUUAUUAAACAAAUUCUUGAACAAGCAGGCACCACAGACUAUCUAUCUGCCUACUGGCGAAAUUCUUGAUGUGUUCGAUGCCUCUGAGCGGUACCAGCAGGCGGGCCUUCCCCUGAUAGUUCUGGCCGGCAAAGAGUACGGCUCAGGCAGCUCCCGAGACUGGGCGGCCAAGGGCCCUUUCCUACUGGGAAUCAGAGCUGUCCUAGCUGAGAGUUACGAGCGAAUUCACCGAAGUAACUUGGUCGGGAUGGGGGUGAUCCCCCUCGAAUAUCUCCCCGGGGAGAAUGCAGACACCCUAGGACUCACAGGGCGGGAACGAUACACUAUCAGCAUUCCAGAAACCCUCAAACCACGAAUGAAAGUCCAGGUCAAGCUGCAUACCGGCAAGACCUUCCAGGCUGUAAUGAGGUUUGAUACCGACGUGGAGCUCACUUAUUUCCACAACGGGGGCAUCCUCAACUACAUGAUUCGCAAGAUGGCCAAGUAGGCCCUGGUUUCCUCGGAGAUGGGCAUCCUGGCCGCAGUGGGGAGCAAGCGCAGUGCCUGCAGCCCGCGGGCCCUGGCGUGAUAGUCUCUCCACCCCAGCCUUUCCCCGCCCCGCCCCUCCCCGCCCCUCCCCUCCACGCAGGGGCGCUUCCUGCCCAGAGCGCCCUAAGGUUCCGGUGCCGAUCCUCCGCACACAAAAUCAGCAGUUUCUACAUGCUCUAUUUUUGUUAAUCUUUUUAUCUUUUUCUAGAAUUUGGAAGCUUAGAAUGGUGGGAUUGUCAGUUGUGCCAGGAAGGGAGAGCUGAGCCCUUUACAGUUACUGAUCACAGAAUAUGUUGAUUUUUCACUCUUAGCCUCUACUGUUCAGCUGAACACAAAUGUCUCCUGCCCGAUUUUGGGUUCCUCUGUUACCCUCUGCUCGAUGAAACCUUUCCCUUGAGAGUCCUUUGCCUCUGCAUACCGUCCCAAUGUUAACUGACAAGGCAGAGAAGAACUUUUUCACACUUCAAAUCCUAGCCGUGACUGUGAUCCCAUCGCCCCUCCUUUUCCUCCAGAGUGACUGAUUCAGACACCUCGUGGAUGGCUCAGAGGUUGAAAUUUUUUGAUUAUGUACCUUUUGAUAGAUCAACACUGAAGAAAUAUGGAGGUUUCUUUUACUAUAUUCAAACAUUUUCCCCAGAAAAUUUUUCAUGUAUCAAGAGAACUUUGGAUGUGGUUUUGGAGAGAGAUGCAGAACAUUUCUAAUUUGAAUACGAUUAAAUCUGUUUUCAAGGAAAACUUUUUGACUUUGAUACUGAAUUCUGCUGUGUUUGUGGCCCUCGUUUUGGGAUAUGUAGAGCAGAGCAAUCUCAGACUGCAGGAUCCUGAAGCCUGGAUGACCUUCAAGUUCUCCUCUUUUUGUAACCACGUCAGUAAUAUGCAGGUUAAAUGGCCGUGUUGAACCUCAUCUGGGAGCAAACAAGAAGGUAGCAAUAGCCUGGUAGCAGUAGCAAUAAUGUAGUCUGGUGAACGGAUCAUAAUUUUUUUUAUUUUCAUCUAGGUUAUCUGCUCAUUUUCAUCACUGAAGUCAUUUCAGGGCACAUGUCUUGGGCUACUCCAGCUGCCAUAAUGAAAUAUCAGAGACUGAGUGGCUCAAACAUCAAAAAUUUAUUUUCUCACCGUUCU